AUGCCCGAGGAGCCACGUCCAAAGGCUCUUUGGAUACUCAACCGGUUAAGUGCUGAUCUUCAAUCAGCUCGCAUGUGGCCAGUGCGCUUGGCGCAUUUGAAGCACCAGGAAUCCUUGUGUAAGAGUUUCCAGGGCCAUGCAGAUGAGCUGGAACGCAGCUUUCACCAGCUUGCGCGCCAGACCGCGAACAAGGAGAUUGACCCGGCUGAUGUGGGGGCAUUGCAGGCUGCUUGUGAGCUUGCAAUUCAGAGAAUGACCCUUUAUGAGGAAGAUGCGGUUGAGGCCAACACUUUGGUCAAAGCAUCCACCAAGGUGUCGUCGAAGGACCCAUGUAAAACAUUACAUACAAACAACCCCAAUGUUUCAACACUAUUGUGGGCCCAAGUUUUAACCAUACGGAUGCAAUCCAACAAUCUAAUUUGGGGGAAGUGUCAUAAAUGCAUUUCUUUAGGCCCUACCCUGAAUAUAAUUAUGAUCCAACUGGUUGCCAAAUUUGCCCAAAAAAUGAUCUAG